CAGCUAGAAAGACACAAGUCUUACCUUGUUGUUAAAAAGAAAAAGAGACACAAGUCUUACCCUGGUUGUUCAAAGUCUCUUACUUUCUGUCGAAAUCUGAGAACUUUUAUUUGAAUCCAAAGAGAAAAAAAAAAAACAGAAAGCUUUUUUUUUUUGCGUGCGUGUUGAAUGGCGGGUUACAAAGCAGAUGAUGAUUACGAUUACCUAUUCAAGGUAGUUCUAAUCGGCGAUUCAGGUGUUGGAAAGUCCAAUUUGCUUUCUCGAUUCACGAGGAACGAGUUUAGCCUCGAGUCCAAGUCCACCAUCGGCGUCGAGUUCGCCACUCGUAGCUUGACUGUUAACGACAAAGUCAUCAAAGCCCAGAUUUGGGAUACCGCUGGUCAAGAAAGGUACCGAGCGAUCACUAGUGCAUACUACCGAGGAGCUGUUGGUGCGCUUCUUGUCUACGAUGUUACUCGACACUCCACGUUCGAAAACGUUGAGAGAUGGCUAAGGGAGCUUCGUGACCAUACCGAUCCAAACAUAGUCGUGAUGCUCGUGGGAAACAAAUCUGAUCUUCGUCAUCUUAUUGCGGUUCAAACCGAAGAUGCCAAGUCUUUUGCGGAGAAAGAAUCAGUCUACUUCAUGGAAACCUCAGCUCUCGAGUCUACUAACGUCGAGAACGCGUUUUCUGAAGUACUCACUCAGAUUCACCAAGUUGUGAGCAAGAAAGCAAUGGAGGCUGGUGGUGGUGACGAUUCGAAUUCGGGUAAUGUUCCUUCUAAAGGAGAGAAGAUUGAUAUUGAUGUAUCGGCUGUGAAGAAAACUGGUUGCUGCUCGAGCUAAAAAACACUCGUUAGUCUCUUGCAGAUUGUUACGGAUUUGGUCUGUUUCCUUGAUCGUUCUUUUAUACAUUCAAAAUUCUUUUGAAGAUGUCUGUCUUUUUUUUUUAUAAUUAGGAAACAAGCAAUGUUAUGCUUUGCUUGAAAACUGCUUUGCUGUGGUUCUGGUUCUGGUUCUGUACUGGUUAAGCAAUUUUGUAAUUUAACUUGUUUUGGUCUAUGGUUUAUUCACCUUGUCUUCUA